AAUAAAUUAAGAAUGGAUCUUUGUGUAUUUGGAGUGGAUGAUGGAUAUGCAGAAGCAAUAAUAAGAGGUCUUAGAGCUAGUUUUUUAACUGAAGCUCAAUAUUAAUAAAUGAAGAAUUGUGCUUCAAUUCCUGAAUUAAAAUCAUUUUUAGAGGAAACAGAUUAUCAAGUAUUUAGAAAUAUGAAAUAUAGAAUUGUUUAUAAGCUGACAAUCCAUAGAUUCCAACUUCAAUACUGAGAUAAAGGUUAAAGAAGAAAUUGGCUGAUGAAUUUGAGUAUAUAGAAGCAUAAUCUACAGGAACACUUACAAAGUAUUUGUUCCAUUUGAGGUAAUUAAUUUAAUUAGUAGAACAGAUGUCGUUUUAUGAUAGAUAAUGUAGUUAAUAUGAUAGAAGGAUUGAAGAAUAAAAUUGAUAUUGAAAUAUUAUUGAGUAAUAUUGAUCCAUUAGGUUGGUUUCCUGAAAUAAAAAAUAUUAAAGUGUUGGAAGGAGAUGAUUAUAGUAGUUUAUAUAGAGAUGUUUUAAUUGAUACACCAAUAGGAGUGUAUUUUAUGAAAUUUUUGGAAGAAUCUAUAGAAAACUUGCAUGAAAAUAGGACAUUGAAUGAUAUUUAGAACUUAUUUAGAGAAAUGAAACCAGAAUAUAUUAGAACAUCACUUAAGAAGAUGUGGUUAGAAGAUUUUUAUUCUUUUUGUGAAUCUGAAGUAUAAUGAAAGAAUAUUAAUAAAUAGUUGAUGCCCACUUCUUAAGAAGCAUUAUUAGAAUUGUUAAAAUUUGAAGCAGAUUUUAAAACAGUUUAAGUGAUUUACAAUUCAAUAGGAAAUAGAGAUUUGAAUACAGCUGCUAAGAUUAUUACAACAAGGAAAUAAUUAUGUCCAACAAUUGGAAAUUUAUAUCCAGAUUGUGAAAAAGUAUAUUUAUAGGCAAUGACAUUGGAUGCUUUAAGAGAAGCAGUGAAAGGUUGUGAUAAUUAUAGAGAUUUAUUGAAGGAUGCACCUGAUCCUUUAAAAAGAGAAGAGUUUAAUGUAUAAACAAAGUAAUUAGAAUAUUAUAUAAUUAAAUUAGAACUCUUGAUGAUAUUAUGUAUGAUGAUGAAUGUAGACGCUAUGCACUUUCUUUUGAUGGAUAAGGAUCAUAUGGAGUAUUUUAAUAUAUAAUUUUUAGGUGUUUUAUGCAUAUUUAAAAUUGAAAGAAUAGGAAAUCAGAAAUAUUAUUUGGUUAGCUGAAAUGAUUUCGAGAAAACUAGCCAAAAACCAUCCUGGAUGGAAAAAAAUAAUUAUACCUUUUAGUCAUUUAGGAAAAUGAGAAUUUAUAGAUUAUAUAUAUUUAAAUAUAUAAAGU